UAGAGACACAGGUGUCUCUGUCACACUGGUGGAAAAUCAGGAAAAGCAAGAAAGGGGUGUUUCAACCCGGACCUGUGGGAGGAGUAAACUAGACGAGAAAUAUUGUAUGAUUCGUUUACUUCCUCGUUCCUCGUCCUAUAGUGGCAAAAGUCACGUCUCCAGCUGGUGAACAUUUUAAAGAUAUUGACGGCAACUAAGGGUGCAGUUGAAACGCUCGAACAUCUUGAGAAUGGCUCUAGCAGGAUCGGACUCCAUGGAAGAAGGAAAAGGCGAGACGUUUCUUCUUAAAGCCAUCAAAAUAGGUGGUGUGGUCGUACUUUAUUGGUUCAUUUCAAUAACCAUGGUGUUCUUAAAUAACUACUUGCUAGACAGUAAAGAUUUGGACGCGCCGCUAUUUGUGACAUUUUACCAGUGCCUUGUGACUGUCGGACUGUGCUAUGGCAUGCACUUGCUAUCCCACUUAUGUCCGGGUGUCAUCGACUUCCCCUCCGUCAAGUUCGACCUAAAGGUAUGCCGGGAGGUUCUACCCCUGUCCAUCGUGUUCAUUGGAAUGAUAACCUUCAACAACUUGUGCCUGAAGCAUGUAGGGGUGGCCUUCUACACUGUCGGCAGGUCACUCAGCACAGUCUUCAACGUUCUACUCUCCUACGUGAUCCUCAAGCAGACCACGUCCUUCUACGCCAUCCUGUGUUGUGGAAUUAUUCUAGGUGGAUUCUGGUUGGGUGUGGACCAGGAAGGUGUGGCGGGCUCCCUGUCGUGGGCGGGUGUGUUUUUCGGUGUGCUGGCCAGCGCCUGCGUCUCCCUCAAUGCCAUCUUCACCAAGCGGGUCAUGCCGGCGGUAGACGGAAACAUCUGGAAGCUCUCCUUCUACAACAACAUCAACGCCUGCAUCCUCUUCCUCCCACUCAUCCUCGUCUUCGGUGAGGUCGGCCACCUCGUCCAUUUCAGCCGCCUGGGUGACCCUACGUUCUGGGGCAUGAUGACGCUGGGCGGCGUGUUCGGUUUCGCCAUCGGCUACGUGACGGGCCUCCAAAUCAAGUUCACGAGUCCGCUCACGCACAACGUGUCGGGGACGGCCAAGGCCUGCGCUCAGACGGUCAUCGCUGUGGUCUAUAACCAGUCCAGUAAAAGUUUCCUGUGGUGGACUAGUAACCUGAUGGUCCUUGGUGGGUCUUCUGCCUACACCUGGGUCAAAGGCAUGGAGAUGAAGAAGGUCCAUAUUCCCCAGGAGGAGUCCAAAGAGAAACUGCUAGGGGAGAAGAGUGAUGCCGGGGUAUAGUGGGACUAGGAUGACCUUCCACCGCGGUGGUGGUGACCCGGGGGUUUUGUGGGAUGAGGAUGACCUUCCACUGUGGUGGUGGUGGUGACCCAGGGGUAUAGUGGGACUAGGAUGACCUUCCAUCAUCAUCAUGGUGGUGGUGGUGACCCGGGGGUAUAUCGGGAUGAGGAUGACCUUCUGCCAUGGUGGUGGUGGGGACGUUGACCCGCUGGUGACAGAAGACAAUGUAAACACUAAGGCCUAACCACGGAGUUGUUUCUACAGGGAUGUUCUGUUGGAACAGUUGGGCUGUGUGCUGUCAAUAUAAAUGAACGUUACUAUAGUAACACAAACAGAGGUGUAGGAAGGCUACGGGUUUGUUUUGUUACUCAGUGGGACCUUAUUGUUUUAUAAUUUCCUUAGGUUAUUUUGUCCAAUUCUGUUAAUUAUUCAGUGUAUGGAGGGUCAUGAAUUAUAACCUAAAUCAUUCCUGUCUCUUCUUUCAGAACAUUAUUCAUAUGUCCGUAGGAUAGUAUCUAAAUCAAGUGACUUUCCUGUUAGCCUGUAUGUGUCAUCAGUAAUGUGACGCAAAACUGCAAUAUGACAGUUUUCUGGCAAGUGGGGCUCUUAUGUUGGGUAUACAGUUUGCAUAUGGAGGGUGGAGACUGACUGUA